ACUUGCCAAGUACUCCAACGCCUACUUCAUCUCUCUUAUAAUCACACACACACCUACCUUAAUAGCUAUGGAAACUGGAGGCUUUCACGGCUACCGCAAGCUCCCCAACACCACCGCUGGGUUGAAGCUGUCAGUGUCAGACAUGAACAUGAGGCAGCAGGUAGCAUCAUCAGAUCACAGUGCAGCCACAGGAGAGGAGAACGAAUGCACGGUGAGGGAGCAAGACAGGUUCAUGCCAAUCGCCAACGUGAUUAGGAUCAUGCGCAAGAUUCUCCCUCCACACGCAAAAAUCUCGGACGAUGCAAAAGAAACAAUCCAAGAGUGCGUGUCUGAGUACAUCAGCUUCAUCACAGGUGAGGCGAACGAGCGUUGCCAGAGGGAGCAGCGGAAGACCAUAACCGCAGAGGACGUGCUUUGGGCCAUGAGCAAGCUUGGAUUCGACGACUACAUCGAACCGUUGACCAUGUACCUUCACCGCUACCGUGAACUUGAGGGUGACCGCACCUCUAUGAGGGGUGAACCACUCGGGAAGAGGACUGUGGAAUACGCCACGCUUGGUGUUGCUACUGCUUUUGUGCCUCCACCCUAUCAUCACCACAAUGGGUACUUUGGUGCUGCCAUGCCCAUGGGGACUUACGUUAGGGAAGCGCCACCAAAUACAGCCUCCUCCCAUCACCACCACCACCACCACCACCACCAUGCUCGUGGAAUCUCCAAUGCUCAUGAACCAAAUGCUCGCUCCAUAUAAAAUUAUAUAAUUAUGACUAGGAUUCAGAACAAGACUUGAUGAUGAUUAGCUUAACUCUCAGUAAUUGGUGCUAGAGUACUACUGUUGUUGAGGAUACUUUAUUUUAUAAUUAAGGGCUGGGAAGGGAGUUAGUAUAUUCCUAAUCCUAACUAUGUGCAUCUUUAAUUUAUGAAAUCACUUUGUUUUAACCUUUGAUGAUUUCGAUUUUCUUGUGUUUAAUUAAAUUGCUUUGAUGAAUGUUA